AUGGCAUCGUCUUUGUCUUACGCAGCCUUUCACUACGGCAGCGACAGCGAAUUGCAGAGAGUGGGAGUGUGGGAGGUGGAUACGGUGGCGUCGGAGAAGUCUAAAUACUGGAUCAUCUAUAUUCAUGGAGGUGCCUGGAGAGACCCUCGCAUAGAUCACAAGAGCUUCAUCCCAACCAUCGAUGCAGUCAUCUCAUCGCAGGAUGAAUGCAAGUCCUCCAUUUCUGGGUUUGCGUCAGUAGACUACCGACUGAGCCCUCAUCCUGGAUUCCCACAGGAUCCGGAAGGCACCACACCGCGGGAUUACCGCAAUGCAUUCCACCCAGACCAUAUCAAGGAUGUCUGGUCUGCUUUGCGGUCUCUCCAGGAAAGAUACGCGUUCGGCAGCAACUACGUUCUCUUGGGUCACUCGGCCGGCGCGACGCUGGCUCUGCAGUUACUUAUGGGUUCAACGGCAUUGAAGGGGUCCGCCCCACCAGCCGAUGUUGCGUUACCAGCUGCAAUUGUUGGUCUCGAGGGUAUUUAUGACCUGCAAGGCCUUGUGGACCGGCUAGGGCCCGAGUAUGCUGCCCUGUUCGUUGGGGCCUUUGGCGACUCGUCGAAUUGGAGCGACGUCUCUCCGAUGAAGUUCACAAAGAGUUUCAGGUCGGCCUGGAGCGAGGAACACCUUGUGGUCCUUGGCUGGUCUCCCGAAGACGAACUGAUUGAUCGACCUGAGAUUGAGGGGAUGCAGAAGGUCCUAGAAAAGGAUAAUGUCAACACGCUAGCGUUGACGGACCUGAGCGGGACGCAUGAUGGAAUGUGGGAGGAUGGCAGGCCAUUCGCCCAGGUAAUACGCAAAACUCUGAACCACUUGAAGAGGUAG